CUAUUACAUUUAUUGAGGACAUGAAUAAAGAUAACGCCCAUAUUAGAACACACAUGAUGUAACUGUCAGUAAAAUGCACAGACUACCAGCAUGUUCUGCUCUCCUCCGGCAAUGUCGUUCCUCCGCUGCAGUGGUCCUUCAGACAACUUCCGGACAGUUACACCCCAAAAGGCAGCUGAGAUCAGCUACUGCUUUCAAGACUAAGAUGGCUCUUUCAGUGAGGGAAAGGCUGAAACUCAACUUGAUCCUCAAAUGUCCCGGACAACUGGAGACACUCCAGGAAUUGUGCGGUGAACGUGAGACAAAAUACGAGAUGUCAGUAAAUGGUCAGGAACUUCACUUGAUCAGCUGGAAAUCAAACGAACUGAGUGGUGUCGAGGAGAAGAUCCGUCAGAUGCUGGAUGAGAUGAUAACUUACGAGUUUGAACUUUCCCACGCCGAGAGAUCCCUACUGAAACUGAAUAAUCUCAUCAACAUCAGAUCCCUGUUUGAGUAUGGUCAAGAGAAGGUGGAGGUCGAACUCAGAGGAAGAUCUAUGAACGAUGGCUACAUUUUUACCGCCACUGGCAAGCCCGAAGCACUGGCAUCAUUCAAACGAAAACUUGAUAUCAAACUUAAUUGUAUUCGCUACUUCGAGAUGGCACUACCUGAAUUCGUACCCGUAGAUAAUGAUCUCUUAGAAGUCUUGAAGAAGAUAAACGAGUACCCCAGCACAGUUUGCUUCAUUGAAGAUAGGACAGUGAAGUGCUGGAAUUUAGAGAAUGAUACACAGGGUAUGAUCCAGGAGAAGCUUGAUGCUGUCGUGGAGAAGUGGAAUGUGCAGUGUGAGGAAACCUGGACAGGAAGUGACGUCAUGACCAAAUAUGUUCAGAAUUAUCUACAAUCCAAGGAGGAGACCGCUCUUUCCGAGAUGGUGGAAGGGCCGCAUUUCCUGCCUAACUACGACAAGGACUGUGUCACACUGAAGCUAAAAGGGUUGCGAUAUCCUGUCAAGAAAUUAACUUCUGAGGUAGCGCGGGUUACAAGGGAGGCGGCACACAUCAGCAUUCCUAUUUCAACGGAAGUCCUGGACAGCCUAGCUGCUUCACAAUUUGGGAGUUACUGGAGUAAAUAUCUCCGUGAGAUGCUGGUCAUUCUGCCGACUGAAUCAGAGCCCAGUCUGACUCUAGUUGGACCUUUCGACAGUGUUAACCACCGUCUGCUUUAUUUCUACCGUAUACUUAGAGUCAACUUCCCAGACAAGUUCGACUUGAUCCAGCCUCAGAUUGUGUUCAAAUACAGUGCAAAGAGCCAGUACAAGUAUGAUGAAAGUGGAAUUAUCAGGGAAUUGAAGCAGAAGUUUCCUGAUGCAACAUUCAGGACGGACAAGACUGAUGCUACCCACCCCGUACACUUGUAUAUCUCCGCAGCGUUAGAUGACCUGAUUAAGAUAGACUCGGUUCUGAAGGCUGAAGUUCCCAUUGACAUUGGGCAUCUAUAUCCUGACGCUGGAAAAAUCUUUGCUGUUCUCAAGGAGAACAAUCUAGUCAGUCCUGAGGUCGAAUCAAAGAGCUACGCUGGUGGAUUCCGAACCCAGCUGAAAGGUCCAGAACCGCAGUUAGCUCGGCAAGCUAGGGACCACAUUCUCAAUAUAAUGGACAGCGGACAGCGGUAUCGCUUCUUUACAUUCCUGAAUGAGUGGAUACGAACUGUUUACGCGUCUGAUAGAAUGAUCAAGGAUAUAAAUGAUUUCGCUCAAAACAUAGAAAUGCCCAUAAAGACAACAACGUACGACCACAUCUUCAAUAACUUCUCUCCACGAAGCUGCCUCCUAAUGGUUGAAGGAGUGGGUGAUUUCACCCAGUUCUUGAAGAUGAGAAACUUCUUGAGCCAAAAAUUCGAUUUUGAAACGUAUCGUGAGCUUUCCAGGACAUCAACAUCUGAUGAUGACGUCACAACGGGUCAUAAAAAACGGUGGCUGCAGCAAUGUCAUGAGCAACUCUUAAAAGAGCUAGAUGGGUUCACAUUUUUGUUUCAACGGUACGACAAAUUCCGUGUCGGAGGAUCUGAGGAGCAGUUGGAUCAAGCCCAGGAACUCCUCCAGUCUUCACUUGAUGGACUGUGUUAUCAUAUUAAAGACAUAAGUGGGAUUUACGGGCUUCCAACCAGGAGACUGGAUAUUCCUGCGUUGCAAAAUAAAUGGCCAUUGGUUACCAUCUGGACCACCCAAUCCCGUUACAAAGACAAAACACAUCUGAAAAUAGUUGGUAGCAAGGAAUCUGUUAACCAGAUAAUACAAGAACUACCACCGAUUGAACAGGCCCGGUCAACUUGCAUCAUUCCCCUUAGUCACAAGGGAUUCCCGUACCUGAACUACAUUGGAAGAAGCAUAUUCCCUGAAUCUGAGGCGACUCCUAAAGCGUGGCCUUCACUCUUCCCUGAGAAGAAUUGUACAAUAUUUGUAAAUACAGUCCCUCUCUGGAAUAUAACCCUGGACGGAGAUACAAGAGAAGUUGAAGAAGCACGAAAGAAGUUAGCUGAAAUAAUGGAAGGUGUUCACUAUCGUGAAGUUCAUCUGAACACCAGUAUUAUCUGUGACGGUUCUGAAGGUAGUAGGUCAAAACUAAACCGGUUCAAAAAUGCUCUGAUGUCUCUGAAUGUCCCGAAGCGCGUAGUUGAUAAUGCGGAGGUGGUUGCAAAUGUGGGACUAGGCAAGGAAAAUCUCAUUUUCUCUGUUGUCGGCGAUCAAGCUAAACAUGUGGAGCAAGCAGCCGGAAAAUUACAAGACUUUAGUGAGAAUCUUAGUGUGGAGGAACUUUCAUUGACUAACGACCACGCCCAAAUUUGUCAAAAGUACAUCACGAACUUGAGAAUGACCGAGAUAAAGUGUCGUCCUUUUAACGUUGAAUAUUCUAUCAAUCGUAAAGUGAAUGUUGUCACUGUAUUUGGAAUAGCAGAUGAUGUCAAAACUGGUAUUGAUAACAUAAGAAACAUUUUAUCGGAUACGACUUCCGUGACCAUGGAUGUUGAGGGAGAGUUUCAGGGACCGUUCAUUGGUGAUAUUAUUCGACAUAGCUACCUCAACCACAUACAUCCUUGUGCUUGCUUUUACUAUAAUUCUAGAGAGAGAACUUUAGCUGUCAACGGUCCUAGAGUAGACGUUACCCAGAUUCAAAAGUUCCUAGCAGAUGCCACCCACGAAACUUAUAAGAUAGAUUAUCACUACGAAAACUUUGUGACGUUGAGCGGACGGUUAAAAAGACUCGCUACCGGGGUCCUGAUGAUUGAAGGAAAAGAUCGGACUGUGCAUCUUGUCGCGGGAAGGAAAACGUUAAAUCUCUAGUUGGGAUGCUGGAUUUUAUUAUGGGGAAAAAGAAGUCAUGUUACUUCAAACUUGCCAUCAAUGAUAGGGUGAGCGCGUACACCUAGGCACAAUGACUAACUUGGCUACAAAGGCAGUCGAGACCAUGUUCCCUGACGUGAGGUGGUGGUUGCUAGGAGACGAGCUCCGGUUUUCAGGCCCUGAAUCUGAGGCUGCAACGUGCUCUUCAGUAUGUGGUUGAAAAAUAUCUCAAGCGUAAUAGAGAUGACAAAGACGUUGAACACGUGGUAGCUGAAAGUUAAAGAACCGCUCUAAGCUUACUUACUUGCCCAACUAGCAAUUGCACAGUUAUGUGUAUAUUGUACCGCAGAUUACUUAGCUUGCUAGUCUAUUGCUCGCUACUCGCGAGAAGCUCGAAAAGAGCGCUGCGCAUUGGGAUUGGCGUGCCAGGUGUGCCGCUGCCUGCAUUACCACAGACACUCAAUGCUCAACAAUUCAAGUCUCAAGCUCGUUGGAGGCGCUAUUAACAGUACUGUUGGGAAUGAAUGGAAUUUUUCAUUUGUAAUAAUGUAUCAUGGGACUUUCAAUUUUGUAUCA